UAGUCAGUUUAUCUUUCAAGAAAAAAACAGAGUUGGAUCACUUUUUUUUUAUUCACUCAGACAACAAACCUCUUACCUGCGAAGUGAAUUCUACAGGUAAUACGAGAGAGUGCCGCGAGAUGAGUCAACUCGUUAGGAGAACAGCUUUACGAGCUCUGAUUGUUUGCGGCGGAGGAACUUGUAACAUGUCCGUGAGGUCUGUUUCCUCUGCUUUCGUCAUUAAAAGUCCGGAUGAGAUAGCAAAACGGAUGCAAAUUCAUGAUUGGUGCGGCGGUUUUGGCGAUUUCAUGAUCGGUUCUAAGCAUGUGCAAGGGCAUCUCAGCUUGAAGUGGAGGAGGAUGAGUUCUGCAUCGGCGAUGGAGAAGAAAGUUGAAAACUCGACGGUGAAGAAGGAUCAAAACGGCGGUGGAUCGGUGGCGGUUCCAAGUUAUUGGGGAAUAGAGACAGCAAAGAUGAAAAUUNCAAAAAAAAAAAAAAAAAAUAUGUAUGUAUAUUUUGAACAGCCAUGGGAGUCUUGUCGAGCAGAUUUGUCGAUAGAUUUGAAAAAGCACUACGUUCCCAAGAAUAUCGCCGACAAAAUCGCUUACCGGAUUGUCAAGCUCCUCCGUAUUCCCACCGAUAUAUUUUUUCAGAGACGAUAUGGUUGCAGAGCAAUGAUGCUAGAGACAGUAGCUGCAGUACCAGGAAUGGUUGGAGGAAUGCUACUCCACCUAAAAUCAAUCCGAAAAUUCGAACAUAGUGGCGGUUGGAUCAAAGCAUUACUCGAAGAAGCAGAGAACGAGAGGAUGCAUCUAAUGACGAUGAUGGAGUUAGUCAAACCCAAAUGGUAUGAACGUCUUCUAGUGAUGCUUGUGCAAGGGGUUUUCUUCAACUCUUUUCUCGUUUGUUACGUGAUUUCGCCGCGAUUAGCUCAUCGGAUUGUUGGAUAUUUAGAAGAAGAAGCUAUACAUUCUUACACCGAGUUUCUUAAAGAUAUCGAUGAUGGCAAGAUCGAGAAUGUUGCCGCGCCCGCCAUUGCUAUUGAUUAUUGGAGAUUGCCUAAAGAUGCUACGUUGAAAGAUGUUGUUACUGUCAUUCGUGCUGAUGAAGCUCAUCAUCGAGAUGUCAACCAUUUUGCUUCAGACAUUCGCAACCAAGGAAAAGAAUUGCGAGAAGCAGCAGCUCCGAUUGGUUAUCACUAAACCAAUUUCAAAGAGUCUUCUACUUAGAUAGUUUUCUUAUGAAUUUGGUUGAAUGUACUAAAAACACAUGCUUUUUUUUAAAAAGGGUUUCAGAUUAAAAAAAUUGCGUCUCAACCAUUCCAAUCGCUUAU